AUAUCCGCAGUCGACGGUAUCGCACUGUCUAAAGAGGUAAGAUGAUAGUACUCGUUAUUUCUCGUUUUUAUAUUUCUCGAUCUUCAACUACAAGUGAUAAACUUGCCGAUGUCAGGGUAUUAAUUAUAUGAGUCAAUUACGAGAAGUACUGGAUUAAUGUGAGUGAAGCAAUCAACAUCUUCAGAUCUCUACCACUGGAAGAUCUUCGGUGAUAAAGUGGAAUGAACCAUCUUAAAGUUAGGAAGUUGAAAAUUAUGUCAAUUAUGGAAAAAUAGGAAUUCCACUGGAUAAAGAGGCGCAUGAGAGGUUUUUCGUGAUGGAAAGGAGAAAAAAGAUGAAGAGAUCAGACUCUUUGUGAUGUAAACCCCGUUUUGAGGGAUGAAAUAGUUAUGAAAUUUUGAAGGAAGUCAUUUCUGAGAUAUGGCAAAUCGCCCGAAGAUCGAAAUCGUCAGGGUAUCGUCGGUGGAGAGGAGAAAUUUUCGACCACUCGAUGGAAUUCAAUUGCGUGCGACAUACAGUCAUGUGAGAAUUGGUACAUACUGCCCAGAGCCUGAGAUGGAUCUCACACCGUGUGAGAAUAAACCGCCAAAUCAAGGACGUAAAUUUAAAAAAAAUUUGGGACCAGUUUCAAGACUGCUAAGGCGUCGUCAUCAGGGGACGUGCCUUGCAACUAAAUCCUGUGAUAACAUUUAUAACGUUAAUAGAAAUAAUGGGUCUUUGGACUGGCAUUCGAGCCAGAGUCCGACCAAUGCAGAUCUUGAUCCUCGCCAAAGUAAUAGUCUAGACUGGCGAAUAGGUCGCCGAAUAAAUUCAGACUGGCAGGAUAUCAGUUGUAGUGCAGAACACCUAAACUCCAGAAAUACAAAUAUCAGCGUUUUUGGAUUGAGAACUCCUUCUGCUAAAUCAAAAAUAGUUUCACUGCUUAGAAGACUGUCUCCUCGUCUUCCAAGACCAAACAGCAAAAAUUUAUUGCCUUCUUCAUCGACUGUAUGCCCGUGGAUCCGUGUGGAGUACUCAACCGAAUCCAUGAGCGAUUGGCGUCGUGAAACAUCCCAGGAAACCGAUGUUAGCUUUCAGCAUGAGUUACAAUUGAAUGACCUCAGAAAAAGGAUCGCCACUGCCUCACCCUCGUCCUCACAAUCUCAGGCGAUUAUUACCGAGGCAGUCAGUAAUGGGCGGUUGGACAUUAACGAGAAUACUGAGAAGAAUGUCAUUACAGUCGAGAUUGUUCGCGGUGACCAGCAAUCUGUCCACGAGGAUCGUAAACGAGGUGUGGACAAUCGUCGUCCACGUCCAAAGAGUGGUACUUGUCACAGCGAAGUGGCGGGCCUUGAAGAGGACAACGGCAGCGAUACGACGGUGACAGCGGUACCAGGCGGUGGUGGCAGCGGGUCAAGUGGCAGGUCAUCGAAUCGUCGUAACCGGCCACUGUCACUCGCUGUCCAACCGCUAAAUUAUCAGCACUUGGAUCCCGAUACCAUUUCAAGAGGUGGAAUCAAGCAUCCCAAUAUGACUAGCCAGGAGUCCAUAGGCAGCUGCAGCCUCGACGUCGAUCGAUCCGCCUCUGACCGAUCAGAAGCAACGGUGGACUCGAUAUCGGAACGAACACUUCACAGUUUAAAUUUAUCGAACGGCGAUACAGCGUCACCCACGGAUAAUCCAGUUAACGGCAGUAACGAGACGAUUUCAAAGACCAAGGAAAAAACACCGGAAAAGGACAAUCUAAAUGGCGAGAUCGAGACUGAGCAGCUGACAGCUAAGAAACCUAGUUAUCUUGGGUUGGCUUGCAGUAUUAGUGGAUAUUCAGGGAUCACCAGGUACGACAGCAAACUCAGGGAGGGCUUCAGAUCGAGAGACAGCAGUCCUGGAUCAAGACUGAUAACUAGGGAAACAAGCCCUGCAGGUUUCAGGUCAAGUGAAAAUCUUGGAAUUCCGGCAAAAAGCCAAUCAAUAUCUCCACUGGCAAUGGAUCGUCAAAACGGCUUCAGCAAUGGCAACAAGGAGUGCCGAGUAGCGACAUUCGUUGAGACUCGAAGCUCAUUGGGUACUUGUCAAGGUUAUUCAGAGGUUGACAGAGGUUUGCCAAUUCACUCAUUCACCGAUAUCAGUCCAAUACGAGGCUCUCCAAAGCGCAUGACGCAGAUUACAACCUGCAGAGAGACUAAAACAUUUACAUCAACGAUAACAGUCUCAUCACCCAAGACAUCGAACACCAGUAAUUUACCAAGCAAUUGUCUCAACGAGAGUAAUUUAACGAAUGGCUCAGCGAUAGAAACUGAUAAUCAGGCGCUCAAUUCAUCCUGUGAGAAGUCAUUUAUUCAGCAGAGGGUGGAGAGGCUGUAUGGGCCUGGUGCACUGGCCCAGGGAUUUUUCUUCAAACGUUCCUUGAAUCAGUCAACAUCUAGUGAAAGUAGCUUUAAUAAAUCGAGUAAUAACAACGAUUCUCUGAUAGACAAUGCGAAUACUGAGGAGUCUCUGAAGAAUCUGCCAGUUCUGAGACAUCUGAGACCAGAAUUCAGGGCUCAAUUGCCUGUUGUCAGCCCAAGGAGAGCAACUGAUGGCAGUGAGCAGGUCAAGCCUUUGCAGAGGAUAUCUCCAGUUGUGGGGAAAAAUGAUGGGAAAACAACUGUCUCACCUCCAUCCAUCAAGAUUUCUGAUCACGAAGCAUUCAAAUUGAGUUCCAGUGUCACAAGCAUUCCGGAUCAACAGCCAGCAGCCUUGGAAGUCGUUUUACCUGUACUGGAGCCAAGUGUCAGUGCCACGAGUGUUCCAGAGGCUCUGAAAUCAAUGCAGGAGAGUCAAACUGAGGAGAAGGAUGGGCAUUAUUUUAUGAAAUUAUUGAAAGCUGAGAUCGAUAGAUUGUUUAAGCUUGCGGUGUCGGCUGAAGAAGUACUCGAGAGUGGAGAGCAGUUGCCAGAGGAAGCUGCUGGAAAACUCAGGUCUGCUGCGGGAAAGGCUAGACUAUUAGCGACACAGAAAAUGCAACAGUUCGAGGGGCUCUGUCAUAAGAAUAUUAAUCAAAUUCCUGGAGAAGAAUUUCCAACGACUAAUGAAGAUCUUGCAGGAUUUUGGGAUAUGGUUAUGCUUCAGGUUGUUCAAGUCAAUGAUUUGUUCGAGCAUAUUGAUAAACUCAAGCGUUCACAGUGGCAAGAGAUUCCACCGGAAAAAUCGGCGGCUACACAAGGGCAGAAUGGUGUGAGUGCGAAGCGACGUACCGUUGUGUCGCAAAAACCAAAAUCCGCGGCAAAUUCAGAGGCAAAUCGAAAAGCCCGUGAGGCACGAGAAGUCGCUCGUCGUCAGAUGAUGGAGGAACGUAGAAAAGCCAUGAAAUCCCAGAUACAACAGUCUGUAGAGAUUUUUGCGCCAAAGACAUAACAGAGGGCCGUUACUAAUAUUGUUUCAAACAAUGGAGACACCGCGGUUUUUUAUCCCAGAUCUGUUAAACGCUCAUAGAUAUCCAAACUCAAUGAAAAAAAAUAAGUGGGGAGGAGAAAAUGAUUUUAAUCGAUGAUCAAGUUGAAUAAUUACGUAAGUUAGUGAACGAAAGUCAUAAAAUAGUUAUUUGCAGUGUUGAAUCGUGGAUUCGCGCGUGAUAGAUUUUGCUAGAUAUCUUUAUUUUUAUUAAUUUUCGGUAAUUGUUUAAUCUUUCACAUCACUUUGCAUCAUUUUAGAAAUUGAAAAAUGUUGAAUAAAUCAUUGAAAUAUCAACUAAAAAUGUUGUUUCUAUCUCUCUUCGGCAUUUCAAUGAUAACCGAAAGUUAUUAAAAAUAUUUGCCUACAAGAAAUAUUGACAAACCUUAAGAAUUAAAUGAAGAAAUCCAUUACAAUUCGUUAAAAAUGUGCGACUGAAUAAGUUACAUGUUUUCCCUGGUUUUCUCGUGAUAUCUGUGUAUGUAAAUAGUU